AUGCCGCCGCCGCAGCCCAUGGAACUCCCGUCCCUGCGCCGCCUGCUUGCUCUGGACAAAGACUUCUCCACCUUCGACGAAAAACUCGACCACGCCACCGCCAUAAUCGGCCAGCCUGACGGCGCGAGACAUCGGGACGAUGCCGAGGACCCGCUGCUGUUCUACAAGGGCAGCCCGCGCACCGAAUGGGUCCUGCGCUGGCUGCUGAGCAAGCUCAAGGCGGAUGAUCCAGAGGGCCUCAGCGCGCGCAGCAGCUGGUUCGCCUGGCAACUGUUGCGCCAGGUGCUGCUCGGCCUGCCGCCCGCCAUCUCCGCCAAGCUGCUCAACUCGCACGGCUUCUUGUCCAUCCUGGAGAAGACGCUGCAGGAGAACUUCGUCGCCCCGCAUCGCGACCAUAGGCUACAAGAGGAGGCGGCUGUGAAGAGGCGGAAGGAUGGAAAGGCCACGCGCAAGCGGAAGCGCGAUGGCACUCCCGUGGAAGAGCCGGAUGGGUCCGAUCACGAAGAUCAGGAGCGCCUCGUAUUGUUCGAGGCCGUCGCCGGGGCCACCAUUGAAAUUGCGGCCGCGUGUUUUGACGAUGCGGCCACUUACGAGAAAUCCGUGGCCGAGCUGCUGAAGUCUGUCCUGCGCACGACCACCGCGCAAGCUGCCCACCUGCUCCGCUUAUGGCUCGAGUCUGUACAUUACCUUGUAUUGAAGGCUGCCUUUGAUGGCUGGGUUUCUGUCGAUUCGCUGUUGCCCCAUGUCCUGCAGAUCUGGAACGCAUGCGUCGCGGACCUGGGCAGUGACGCCAGCGGCGCUGCCGAGCGCUUCUCGCACGAGUGUCUGGUCCCCGCCAUCGUUCUUCUGUCGGACAUUGCGCUCGAGGUUGACACUUCUGUGGACCCGAACGCCGUCGAGACUGGUCGCGACAUCGAGAGUCGGAUUAGCCGAUCUCUGGAGACUCUGCUAGCAAGACACGUCUUCAUCCCCGCCAGAGCCUCCUUUUUCGCCGAAACUGAGGGCCGGCAAGUGAGUAAGCCUGGUCAAGCGCGGCCGGAAUCGCUUGAUAUUUCCCGCUUGCUUCAACCGUUACGAGCGGCUUUGGCUGGAACCACUGAGGGGGUAGGCCUGACCCCCCUGGAUUCGGAUAGGCGUAAACUGUUUGAGACAGUCGGUUCCCUGCUGGACAUUGCGAUUCGCUGUUCCCAGCGCUCUACGCCUAAGAAAAGACUCGACGAAGCUCCUUGGCUGCAACGCGUCUUCGUGGCGCUAUGCGAGUGCAUCGGAGCUCCCGUCGACAGCAGGCCCCCAACCGAGGUUGACGAGGACCGAAGAGCAAUCCUCGACCAGAUGCUUGAAGUCCUCUCCAGAAGGAAAGUCUCGCUUGAAUCCGAGGUCCUCGAGAACCUCGUCCGAUCCUACUCGGGCAUCCUUGCUCCAGGUGGGGGCGCCAGGCAUUUCGACCAACAGCUUGUUUCGCGCGUAAUUGCUUAUGACGGGACGAUCUUCCUGGAUACACCGCAGAAGGCUGCAGCGGAUGACGUACGUCUGUCAGACGCCAUUUUCCGCGCCAUCACCGCCGCAUCCACAGGUGGCGUCGUUUCAUCAUUCAGCUAUGUUCCGGAUGCGCACAACGACAAAUCAGGCAUCGCUCCAGGCUUGAAAGCUUCCGAUGCCCUCAAGACUUCUGUCGUAGUUCCCCUCAUGAAGACCUACGCACAGGCGAGGGAUCUCGUAGGAUUCAUUUCAAAAUGGGUCUCUCAGCUCCACCAGUUGAGCAGAUCGGGUACCCUCAUGGAAAGGUCCGUUUGGGUGGAGAAGGAAAUCAUCGCAGCGGUCAGAGAGGUCUUGGAGUCAACUCUCACCGCAAAGCAGAUUUUCGACCUGCUCAAUGAGCAUUGGCGUCGCAUUGCUACCUGCGAAAGAUCUGCCGAAGGCGAUGAGUUCUCGGAGGCUUCUGCAAGCCUUGUCAUUGUGGAUGCUCUUGUUGGUGGUUUACAAUCCGACGACAUCAUCGCAUCAGUUGUCUCCGUGCUGCAGUCGCUACAGAAGAGCCUUCUCAUAUUCACCGGCGUUUCAAAGGAACCGGUCACCGUUGCCAGAGCACUGAGGGCAAUUUCUCGUAUUCACAUUCUUCUCAGACCCCAUCAGAAACCGCAAGAAGCGAGGGAGUUUACGGUAACAAUCCUCUCGCAAGCAAAGGAGCACAACGUGAUAGAUGCCAUUCGAGCAUCAGAGAAGACGGAGGAAAUGGGUGUGGGUACACGGGGGGAAGAGGCGUUCAAUCUCGUCGCCACGCUUUGCAGCGAUUUCAUGGGUGCCCUCGACCUCAAAGAACCGGCCAAGGAUUUGUUUAAUCAAUCCGCAGUCGCUCUGUUCCGCUCGAACGAAGAGAUCAAGGACCGGAUUGCAGACGGAGCCAAGCGCCGCCGCACAGCUGACCCCCUGAACGUCGCCACCGCACGUCUGGAGGUCUUUACGCUCAACGCUGCCGCUGUGCUUACACAGUUUCCGAGUCUGUUGACUCUCCCUCCACUUGAGUCUCUCAAAAGCCUUCUUCGCCUGCUCUUCUGGCAUGCAUUUGGCGAGUUUUCCGGUCAAUACGAAGCGCCUCGUGGGCUGUCGUACACGCUCGUCUUCGAGGCAAUGUCAGAUCUCGUCUUGACCAUGCAGUCAAGCGAGCUCAGGGAUCUUCUCUUUUCAGUUCUUUAUGAGGCUCUAGACUCAGAAGCCAAGUUGGGGAAGUCAAGGGAGCUAGGCGAACAGUUACGCGCAUUCGCGGAAAUCCAAUACCUCCGCGUGCCUGUUGCAGCAAUCGGCCGGAAACAUCGCGAGCAGGUCCUUGAUCGGGUCACUGAAAUGUGCACUGUUACUGGCAAGAGGCGAGCGAAUGCUGAAGCCUUCUUCCGGCACUUGAGCCUUGCGGCAAAACUCAUGGAGGUGCCCAACUCAAAGUCAGAACUGGCCACCGAAUCCGACUUGCUAUGGACAAUUGCUCGCUCCAUGCAAGACAACCAUCUCACCGACCUGGACACCCUGAGGGUGCUCGAUGAGCUCGUCCGUCUGACCCUCGAGGAUGCCAUCACCGUCAAAGACCAACCGAGAGGCCAACAGUAUCUCGAAGGCUACAGAAAGAUGAUGAGACGUUUUGCAAGGGAUGCCAGCGCGUCUUUUAAGGAUCACAUUGCGGAGUUGAACUGCUUCAAGUCCGGUCUUGUGACCCUAAAGGCAUCGGAUCUCCUAUGGGAUGAUGAAGAAACGUACAAGACCAUGAAGAGAUACCUCAGGGCUCUCGAUGGUGACCUGGAGACGCUUCUACCAGGAGCACUCAGCAGCAUAGCAGAGGAGGACACUUCCUUCCUUCGGGCUGUGCUCGCUGCAACCUCCGAUCUUCCGAUCCUGGGGAUGACAAGAGACGGCUACAUCUGCAGUAUCGAAGCGAAGCUGCUCAAAUGUGUCCGCAAGCGUCUUGGUUCGGCUGAAACCAAUACGUUCGAACAGCCAGAGGCUUCGAUGUGGGUGUCGUUGACAACCGCAGUCUCGAAUGUGGCAAGCUCGGACGAGGCCGAGUGCGUUAGUGCUAUGAUCUAUGAUCUUUGGCGCUGCGAUCUCUCCGCUAGCGACCGUCACAGCCUUCUCGAAGCAACACGAAAGGCACUGGGCUCCCUUGGCCUUGACAGAAGGACGUCGCUUCUCUCGCAGUUGAAAUUCAACCCGGAUGAUGAACAAAACUGGCAGCCUGCCUUGGUCCUAAUGAACGUCCUGAUAUCCUCCUUACCAGAUGUUCCAAGCAAGGAAGACAAUUCUACGCAAGGGCUGAACGGAUUCUUGGGACAGCUAAGUAGCUAUCUCGAGAACGUCGAGGCCAUCCGCGAUUUCCACGCCGCUCUCAACUGCGUUGACACUAUUCUGCGAGAAAAGCACUGGCUUGUCUCGCAAUGGGCCAUUGAAAGGAUCAUUGACUCGCUCGCGCGUCUCGCCUCUUACUCCAGCCCUGAACUUCCUCCUGAACAGGCCGAUGCCAUCUACACCCGACUUUGCGGUACGACGCACCUCAUCCUGUCUCUGCACCGCACCCGUCUCGGCGGCCGCUUCCACGUCCUCAUGCCUCUCCUUCAAAACCUGCUCCGCUGCCUCUUCACGCCCGACCACCACAGCCGCCGUGGCCACAACAACGACGCCGCCGCCGCCGCAGCGGCAUCGUCCUUCCCGCAACAGCAUCAACAACCACAACAACCGCCACCACCCUGGCUCGCCGCCGCCACCAACCCGCUCACACCCGCGCACGCCUCCUCGUUCGCGCGCCUCGUCACCACCCUCUGCAACCCAACCGUAUCGGCCGUCAAAGGCUUUCACAACCGCAAGCGGCCCGCCUCGACCUCGAUGACCUCGACCGGGCCAUCAUCGUCGUCGUCGGCAGCCACGACGGCCGACCUCGUCGACGAGACCAAGAAGGCGCGCGAGUACGCGGGCCAGUACGUGCCCGCGCUCAUCGCGUCCUUUUGCUCGUGCACGCUGCACGGCGGCCGCAUCGGGCCCGAGACGCGCGCGGCGCUGAUGCCGGGCUUGUACGCGUGCGCGGACGUGGUGGGGAUCGAGGCGUUGAGGGCGAUGAACGCGGGACUGGGCGCGGGGGAGAGGGCGGUGUGGAGGGGGGUUUAUGCGGAUUGGAAGAAGUUUGGGAGGUGGGAGGGGAGGUGA